UACUCCAGUCAUCUGCUGCGUUAUUCGGCACUUCGCGGUUCGACGGAUGAAUCCAAACCAGCUUAUUGGCCAGUACUAUAUAGUGGUGGGACAACUACACAAACUGCGCUGAUGGACAGUUUCUUCAUCACGAUUCGAUCUAACGGAAACAGGGAUGCUAUGUCUACGUAUUCAGUUUAG